GGGGCGGGGUCUGGAGGGAGAAGCGGCGGGCGGGGAUUGGCUCGGCCCGGCCCCGCCCACUGCCCCUGGCGGCCGAUCGCAGCGCGUGUCGGUCAGUCCGACUCGGGCGGCGGCGGCGGGAGGCGGCAGCAGCAGCGGCAGCGCGUCGGGUGAGGCAAGAAACAAUGAGGCGUGUGGUACGGCAGAGCAAGUUCCGGCACGUGUUUGGGCAGGCGGUGAAAAACGACCAGUGUUACGAUGACAUUAGAGUUUCCCGCGUUACCUGGGACAGUUCAUUUUGCGCAGUCAAUCCCCGAUUUGUGGCAAUAAUAAUAGAGGCUAGUGGUGGCGGUGCAUUCCUGGUUCUGCCUUUACACAAGACAGGUAGAAUUGACAAAUCUUACCCCACAGUAUGUGGCCACACGGGACCGGUGCUCGACAUCGACUGGUGUCCGCACAACGACCAAGUCAUUGCCAGUGGCUCAGAAGACUGCACUGUUAUGGUCUGGCAGAUCCCAGAGAACGGGCUCACGCUCUCCCUGACGGACCCCGUGGUCGUCUUGGAAGGCCAUUCGAAGAGAGUGGGCAUCGUGGCCUGGCACCCCACGGCACGCAACGUGCUGCUCAGUGCAGGUUGUGACAACGCCAUCAUCAUCUGGAAUGUGGGGACGGGCGAGCCCCUUAUCAACCUGGACGACAUGCAUCAGGACAUGAUCUACAACGUGAGUUGGAACCGGAAUGGCAGCCUCAUCUGCACAGCUUCCAAAGACAAGAAAGUCCGAGUGAUUGACCCCAGGAAACAAGAAAUCGUUGCUGAGAAAGAGAAGGCGCAUGAGGGAGCCCGGCCGAUGCGAGCCAUCUUCCUCUCGGACGGCAAUGUCUUCACGACCGGCUUUAGCCGCAUGAGCGAAAGGCAGCUUGCCCUCUGGAAUCCCAAAAAUAUGGAGGAAGCCAUAGCUCUCCAUGAGAUGGACACCAGCAAUGGGGUCUUGCUACCCUUCUACGACCCGGACACCAGCAUUAUCUACUUAUGUGGCAAGGGGGACAGCAGCAUCCGCUACUUUGAGAUCACGGACGAGUCUCCGUACGUGCACUACCUCAACACCUUCAGCAGCAAAGAGCCGCAGAGAGGGAUGGGCUUCAUGCCAAAGAGGGGCCUGGAUGUGAACAAGUGUGAGAUCGCCAGAUUCUUCAAACUUCACGAGCGAAAGUGUGAGCCCAUCAUCAUGACCGUCCCUCGGAAGUCUGACCUCUUCCAAGACGAUCUGUAUCCGGAUACGGCCGGACCGGAAGCUGCCCUGGAGGCGGAGGAGUGGUUUGAGGGAAAGAAUGCCGACCCCAUCGUCAUCUCCUUGAAGCACGGAUACAUUCCCGGGAAAAACAGGGAUCUCAAGGUGGUGAAGAAGAACAUCUUGGACAACAAGCUGGCAGCGAACAAGAAGAGCGAUCUCAUUAGUGCCCCAAAGAAAGCAGCAGAGACCUCAAAUCCUCAAAACGAAGUCAAAUUGGAUGAAAUUUUGAAAGAGCUGAAAUCUCUAAAAGACACAAUCACCCAUCAAGACGAGCGCAUUUCCAAGUUAGAACACCAGAUGGCGAAGAUUGCCGUCUGAGAACCGAGCAGGGGAGGGGGAGGAAGCAGAACUCAAGCUGUGGGGCUGGAGGGGGGCACUGCUGUUCUAGAAGAUAGUCCUCCCCCCCGCGCCGACGCCGGCUCAGCACCGCCUCUUGACCACUUGACGCCAGGUCCAGCCGGGACUUUCGUUCUCCUCCUAAAUUCCCGGGCAUCAGCAGACACCGAUGACCAUUUGAAGCCAAGCCUUUUUAGCAAAAGAUUUUAUUUCCUGAUGUUUUAACGUGACCUUGUGGCUGUUUCGAACCUGCUGCUUUUGCAACCUGUUUCCACGUGUUAUUAAAUCGGUUUUAAAAAGCCAACCAUUCCAGUGAAGAGCCCAGGUAUCUGUUGAGCCUCCUAGGAUUCGGGACCAAAAUGACAUUUUGCCUUUUCAAACUUCCUUUUUAAAACAAGCGAAACAAAAACACUUUGAAGUUGCCAAAAUCAAAACGUAGGGGGGUGGUUCCUCUUUCCCACUCCCUUUUUACCAUUUUGCAGUAUUUUGUUUCCAUAACUGAAAGGAACAUCAUCCUGUGUGUAUUUGUGCUGUUUAAAGAACAACUGUUUUGUAUACGCCUUGUAUCUUGGAACAGCUGGGGUCAUCAUCCCACUGCCGUGUGAAGCUGGCUGACCUUUUCUCCAUGCCUGCCAGUUCCCUCACCUUCAAGGGUUCAGAGAGAAGUGGUCCAAUCACUCCCCCACACCCUGCCGUUAUAGGGAUCAAGUGCUUUCUUCUUUCUCCAGAGCCAUCUAUUGGAAGUCAGUGUUCCCAUUAUUCAAACAUGUUGUGCUUCGGCUGAAUCUUGUCAACAAUUGGCAUGUGGUGGUUGCCGAUUUCUGGGUCUGUGUGUCGGGGUUUUGUUUUGAUUUUUUUGAUUUUUGCAGAGGCUAGUUCUAUUUAUCACCCAGAUGUCAGGUUUGGAGGGUCUGAAGCAUUCAGGGCACAUGUCCGGCCACCAGAUUUUACACAAUGCUUGGAAACACGGUGGGAUUAUUCUCCACAUUUCUUCCCAUUGGUAUAGAGCUCACAGCUGUGAUUUUAUCCAUAAACCUGGGAUUCCUCAUCUUGGGCAUUAAAUAAGGAGUUUGGAAAAGGACCUCUUCCGUUGCUUGAGAAAUUCCCAGUUACAGGUCAACUAUCAAAGCAAGAGCUGAGGGAUGUGUGUCGGAUUUUGAAUGCAGGCAACAAAUCUUUGAUGAUGAUGCUCAGUCUGCAUUUGAGAGAGAACUUGCUUGGACUGAGAACAUAACAGCCAUGCUGGAUCAGGCCCAAGGAGGCCUAUCUAGUCCAGCAUCCUGUCUCACACAGUGUCCCCCCAGAUGCCUCCAAGAAGCCCACAGGCAAGACCUGAGGGCAUGCCUUCUCUCCUGCUGUUGCUCCCUUAUUUAGAGGCAGUGUACCUCUGAGGCUGGAGGUGGCCGAUAGCCCUCAGACUAGGAGCCAUUGAUAGACUUGUCCUCCAUGAAUUUAAGCCCUUAAAGCCAUCCAUGCUGUUGGCUGUCACCACAUCUUGUGGCAGAGAAUUCCAUAGGUUGAUUAUGCGUUGUUUGAAAAAGUGGUUUUUUGUUGGGUCGGUCCUAAAUUUCUGGCAUUCGGUUUCAUGGGAUGACCCCUGUUUGUAUGUGAAAGGGAGCAAACUAACUUUCUAUCCACUCUCUCCACACCGUGCAGGAUUUUAUAGACCUCUAUCAUGUCUCCCCGCAGUCUUCUUUUUUCUAAAGUAAAAAGCCCCAAGUGUCGUAGCCUUGCCUAAUAAGAAAGGUGCUCUAUGCCCCUGGUCAUCUUGGUUGCCUUCUUCUGCACCUUCUCCAAUUCUAUAAUGUCCUUUUUGAGGUAUGGUGACCAGUAUUCCAAAUAUGUUCGCACCAUAGUAAAGGGGCAUUAUAAUAUGAGCAUUUUUAUUUUCAGGCCUCUUCCUAAUGAUCCCUAGCAUGGCAUUUGCCUUUUUCACAGCUGCCACGUACUGAGUCGACACUUUGAGAUGUCCACCACAGCCCCAAGAUCUCCUGGUCAAUCACCGACAGCUCAGACCCCAUCAGCGUAUAUGUGAAGUUGGUGUGUUUUGCCCCAAUGUGCAUCACUUUACACUUGCCAACACUGAACCGCAUCUGCCAUUUUGUCGCCCACUCCCCAGUUUGGAGAGAUCCUUUUGGACCUCCUCGCAAUCUGUUUUGGAUUUCACUAUCCUAAACCGUUUGGGUGUCAUCUGCAAGUUUGGCCACCUCCCUGCUCACCCCAUCCUCUAGAUAAUGUAUGAAUAAAUUAAAAGGCACUGAUCCCAGUACAGAUUAGAGAAGUUGGACUAGGGUAACCAACUUUAGAGAGCCAGAUGUCUGGCUCCUUGAAUGACUCGAUCCCUGCUAAACUGUUUGCUGUAGUACCGCCCUCUGGCCAUUUUCAGUGGUGGCACUGUAGAGGCAUCAGGCCAAGAGCAAGUCACCAAAGGCAGUAAGACACCUGGGUCGCUCUACCCAGAAUUCCACAUCUGGACCUCUGAUAUCUUACACUAAGAUCAGCCACAAUCUCUCUUGCAGCCCCAGCAGAAUUCCACUUCUGGCGAGAAAAGAACUUUAAUGAAAAUAAGCUGCACCCGCCCUUGAGCUUACAAGAGCGGCAAGAUUCUUACCUGCCCCUCAAAGGAGUUUCUUACCUUUAGUACACAAUGGAUAAAAAUCAGGAAAAUGCCCACUUCCUCCGUGCCAAAUUGCCAACAGUUUAGGAUGGGUGCUAUAGCAGAAGAGGCUUUUCAUAAGCUCACUCUCUGAAGUCUGUGAGAAUCCAAAGGAGCUCUUUUUGGCUUGGAGAGGUGAGGGCUGUCUCUUCCUUUUCUUCUUGCUGCAUUACUCUGUAAUGCAGACAUGAGGCUUCUCCGGGCCAGAAAGACACAUUCUAACCCCAAAGCCAGGUUUUCUUGCCAAAUUCCACACACCAUGCUAGUACGUACCAGUCUUUUCCAGUCAGACUGUACCCAGAGAUCACCUCUCCCCUUUCUCGGGUGCCAGUUGAGGGUGAAGCACUUGCUGUUUGUGGAGAAGGAGGCUGUACUGGGGAUGGCAUACAAUCCAUGACUAGCAGGAACGGGCCCUGGGGGUCCUAUAUCGUCCUCCCCCGGCAGUUUGCAAAGAUCGCCGAGCCAUCAAAUUGGAAAGGACACCUGGGGAAAUCCUGAGUCUGGAAGAACCCUUAACAUUGGGACAGCUGAUGAGGUUGAAAGGCUCUUGGUUAUAGGAAAUACAAAAAGUGUACAUA